GGGGAAGAGGAAGUGCAAAGGGCAUAAGGAGCAGAAGUUUGAGAUAAGAACUUGGAUGCAGAUGAUUCUUCUUUCUGAUUCAAACUCACCUCAUCACCCUCUUUCCCAAUGCCCACAACCCCUUGCUUUUCCUGCUCAACAAUGACUUGGGGAAUAGGGUGGGGAAGUGGUUUUAUCUCCUUCCUAUUAAAGUCAGAGCAUUGCCCAAAGCCAGCUCAAUAGCUGACAGAGAGAGGGGACAACACCAAGAAGAAAACACAGGAUAAAAGGCUAUCUUCAUGCCUGGAAUGCACUCCCUCCUCACCACUGCCUGUUAGAACCCCUGGUUCCUCUCAAAGCUCUGCUGACGUGCCAUCCAUCCCUCCUUCUGCAAUAUAUCUUUCUUGAUCCCCAUUUGGGAUCACAACCCACAGUUUAAGAAGCGCUACUUAAGCCCCCAGAGAAGCUGGAAAUGAAGUACUUUCUCACCAUUGCUGUGGUUCCCUAUGUGAUCCUCAUUUCCCAGCACAUCCCUCAGACAAGAGGCAAGACAUUGACCCUUGACAUGGCUCCAGACACUUUCGACGAUGCCUACACGGACUGUGUGGAGGACAUGAAGCAGGCUGCCCCCAUCCUGUUAAAGGAAGAGAUGGCUAAGCACAAGCUGCUCAGAGAAUCAUGGGAGGUUGCCACGGCUUCUUUGAAAAACUAUCAGAACCUCCCCCUGCCCCCAGGCUUCCAGACUGAGCAUGCGCUGGCUGUCAUGGUCUAUACUAACUCAUCCAACCCACUACAUCAGGAGCUGAACUUGGCUGUGAGGGAACUGGGAAGGUCUAUUGAGGUCUACAUGGAGCAUUUUCCCUUCAAGGCCUUGCACUUCUACCUGAUGCGGGCCCUGCAGCUGCUGAGGGCUCCUGAGAGCUGUAAGGAGGACUCUGGGCUCGAGGUAUUCCGAGGCACGAGAAGCACCCACUUCAAGCCCAGGAAGCUUGGAGAUAUCAUCCGCCUCGGCCAGUUUACCUCCACUUCAGAGGAGCGGAAGGUGGCCCAGACGUACGGCAAUGCCACCUUCUUUACCCUGACCACGUGUUUUGGGAUCCCCAUCAAGGACCUCUCAGUCUUCCCCAGUGAGCUAGAGGUGCUCAUCCCACCCAAUGAGCUCUUCCAGGUGUCUAACUUCUCCCAGGAUGGAACCAGGAACCUGGUAACUCUAAGAAGCCUGAAACAGACAUGCAGCAACUUCAACUGUGCCUACCUGAGGAGAAAGAAGAGUCAAAAUUGUGUGGUUAAAUCAGGAAACAUUAACAGCACGGUCCUUGGGAAGGUGACCCCAUGGCUUUUUGUGGGAACUCAGCUUCUACUUCUCAGAAUUUUCUUCUUGAAGUCUUCCUAGAGAGACUUCGGUUUUUUUCUGCCCUAACGCCAUCGGCAUCGCUGAUCUCCAACCAUACCAGAUACCCCCACUAAAGUCCUCUACAAUUUUGACAAAGCACUACAAGAGGAUAGCUCCCUGUUGCCUCCUGGUGGUGAAUAUUCCCAUUGCAACCAGUCACCACCUGGAAAUUGCUACACCCACACCCACACCCUGGGGUGGUUUGCCAGUUGGGGCUGACUUUUCUGGAGACCCUAGGCUCUGCUUGGCCUCGUGCUUCCAUUAUGUGACCUAUAAUUAUCUUUUUUUUUUUGAUGAGGCAAUUGGGGUUAAGUGACUUGCCCAGGGUCACACAGCUAGUAAGUGUCAAGUGUAUAAUUAUCUAUUAAAAGGAAACAUGGGAUAGAAAAGACUCAGGGUUAAGCUUUGGGCCAUGGCCUUUCUUGCCUCUGGGCUCCCUUGACUAGCUAGAACACCCUCCCUUAUCUCAUCAACUUUCCAGAUGCCCUCUAUUCUUCUAAGGCUAACUCAAGUUCUGCUCCCAAAAGUCUCCUCUUCCAGGGAGCUCCGACAACCCCCUUUGCCUACUCCACUCAUUGGCAAUUAGUCAUAGACAACCUUACGGUAUUUCUUGUAAUGGGGCAUUUUUUUUUCUUUUCUUUUCUUUUCAAUCCAGAUGUAUGAUUUCGUUAGUGUAAGGAAUUAUGAGUAAGAAAACUGCCUCUAUCAUUUCACUGUGGACCUUAGUGUCUUAGAGAGUUACCUGAGAAACUGAGAGAUUACAUGACUUGUCCUGGGUCACACAGACAGUAUGUUUCUACUUCCAGGUCUUCCUGGCUAAGUCUCUAUCCACUAUGCUACACUGCCCCUCAUUGUGGUCUUACAUUAUUUAAUUAAACUUUUUAUUUUUGUAUUGUCUGUCUGAUAUGUCUAGAGGCUCUUGAAAACUUCCAUUUUUCUUCCCCCCAUUGCACAGGAAGCACAUGAUUUAGUCCCCAAGAGGACUUUGAAAAUGUUUGUUGAAUUACUAGAUGGCAAUAAUGCAGGGGAAGCAAAGGCCAAGAACUGAGGUGGAAGAAGGGAAAAGGAGAGAUGGGAGACCUUCUGCCAGUCUCAUGUGGCCUACUCCAUUCCUGGGGUGGAGGCAGCUGGAUAAGGAUACCUGGUGACAGGGUUUUGGGGAUGACCUCAGGUAGGAUCCUCCUUAUACUAUUUCCCCACUGUGCUAUUUCCUUAAGGAAAAGGAAAAUUCCCCACCUGGUUAAUCCUAAACCUUGCCUUUAACACUGUGACUACAUGAUUGGCUAUCAGAUAUGACCCAUGACUGGAAUAAAACAGAGCUAAAGGAG